AUAUUUCAUUUAGUUAAUUUUUAAGCAGCGUUAGUCUACUUCACUGUCUAACUCGUAAACAUGGCAUUAGCAAAUUCUUCAUUAGAGAUAGUUACGAUAAAUACGGGCUUAAAUGAUUUUUCAAUAGCAUUAUAUAAGGAAUUGCAAAAGACUGAAGGAAAUAUAUUCUUCUCACCUUUUAGUAUACAGCUUGUGCUGUUUUUAGCGAGCAUUGGAGCCAGAGGAAAUACUUAUGAUGAAAUUAUGAACACAAUAAUACUACCAAUUCAUCACAAUGACGAACUAAACCAGCUAUAUAAGAAUUUAUUGAUAUCUAUCAAAGUAAAUAAAUACUUAAAAUUAUCAACUGGAUUGUUCCUUGAGAGUUCAUUGGAUAUUGAUUCUAACUUUACUGACACCGCUAAAAAAUAUUUUGAUUCAACAGUGGAAAAGAUUGACUUUAAAUCUGAUCCAGAAAAGGGGAGGCAUUCUAUUAACGAGUGGAUAAGCGACCAUACUCAAGGAAGAAUUAAUGAAUUAUUUGAUUCCGGUAGCAUUACUUCUGAUACUAAAUUGUUGCUCGGUAAUGCUAUUCUCUUUAAUGGAGAAUGGAAUACGAAAUUUGAAAAAGAUCUAAUCAAAGAACAGCCUUUUUAUUUAACAUUGAACGAAACUAUAAAUAUAAAAAUGAUGAAUAUAAUAAAUACAUUCUUUUAUUACAAAGAUUCUAACUUUAACUUUUCUGCACUUUCAAUGUUUUAUAAGGGAAUGAAGUUUAGAAUUAUAAUUUUGUUACCUGAUGCUAAAAAUGGAAUUAGUGAACUAGAAUCCAACUUGUCCAACAUAAAUGUAUCUAAUUUGAAAUUUAAAACACAUAAUGUAACUGUGACUUUGCCUAAGUUCAAAAUAGUAUUCAACUCUGAGCUUAAAGACACUCUUUCUAAGAUGGGUUGUCCUACCAUGUUUUCAAGUAAAGCUAACUUGACUGGUAUUUCAAAUUAUGAAAAGUUAUCAAUUAGUAAUGUCUUACACAAAGCCAAUAUUGAAGUGACUGAAGAAGGUACGGACGCGACCGCUGCUUCAGGGUUAUUGGUUUCUAAUAGAAUAAGAUCACCAAAACAACAAGCAGUAUUUCUGGCUGAUCAUCCAUUUAUUUUUUUCAUCAAAUACGAAUCAACUACUUUGUUUAUGGGCCGAUUUAUAAAGCCCUUAGUCAUUAAAUUACUUCAGGGUGUUAUAGCGUUUAUUAACUUAAAGAUGUCGAUUGCAAAUGCAUCAAUUGAUAUGGCUCUACUAUAUAAAGCCAUAAAUAAAUUUUCAUUUUCGUUAUAUGAGGAAAUGCAAAAAACAGAAGGCAACUUAUUUUUUUCUCCGUUCAGUGUUCAACUAGUAUUAUUCUUGGCUAGCAUUGGAGCCAAGGGAAAAACUUUUGAAGAAAUGAGGAAAGCAAUUUGCUUACCAAUAGAAUGGACAAAGGUACUUCCAUCUUAUAAAAGUUUGUUGUCUUCUAUUGAUGAAUCUCAGUAUAUUCAAGGAGCAAAAGAGUUAAAAUUAUCAGUUGACGUGUUCAUUGAAAAUUCGUUUGAAGUAAAUAAUAGUUAUGUUGAAAACGCAAUGAAUUAUCUUAAUUCCACAGUAGAAAAAUUAAAUUUUAAAGUAGACCCAAACAAAGAAAGAAAUUAUUUGAAUGAAUGGAUUAGUAAACAUACAGAAGGAUUAAUUAUAGAAGUAUUUCCGGAAGGAACUAUUAGCGAAGAUACACGGUUAGUAUUAGGAAAUGCUAUUCACUUCAAUAACUUAUGGCGUACAAAAUUCCAAAAGGAUCUGUUUAAGGAAGAACUAUUUUACAAUACAUUAACAGAUAAAGUUAAAGUAAAGAUGAUGACAAAGAUAUAUGAUUUUAUGUACUACAAUGAUUCAAAUCUGAAAUUUUCUGCACUAAAUAUACCUUAUGCGAACCAUAAUUUUAAAUUGAUAAUUCUUUUACCGGACUCAAAAGAUGGUCUAUCUGAGUUGGAGACCAACUUAUCGGUAAUAUGUGAACUAAAAGAUAAAAUGACACUACAUAAUAUUUCUCUUACCCUACCCAAAUUCAAAAUAGAACAGUCUUCUGAAUUCAAAAAUAUACUAUCUGAUAUGGGUUGCUCUAGUAUGUUUUCUGAUUUCGCUGACUUCUCAGGUAUUGGUAGGUCAAAUUCAACAGAGUUGCGCGUGACUAGUGUUUUACACAAAGCUUACGUAGAUGUCAACGAAAAUGGUACUACUGCUGCUAUAUACACGGGAGUAAAAACUGGGAUGAAAUUUGGACACUACAAAAAUUACGAUCUGCCUAAAGCAACAUUUAUAGCAGAUCAUCCAUUUAUUUUCAGUAUUUUAUAUAAGGACAUUGUACUAUUUAUGGGACGACUGAAAAAUCUUGAAAUUCAAAAUACUAAUGGCAACCUAUUAUUUUCACCACUAAGUAUACAACUUGUAUUAUUUUUGGCAAGUCUUGGAACUAAUGGAAAAACUUAUGAAGAAAUAAGGAAUAUCACACAGAUACCCAUAGAAUGGUCUGAUUCACAAGUACUUCUUUCAUUUAAGAAUCUUCUGAAAUCAUUUGAGGAUUAUGAUCAACAAGUAAAAGUUGCUACUGGAAUAUUUGUUGAUAAUUCAUUUGAUUUGAAUUCAACUUUUGUUAAUAAUGCUAGAAACUACCUUUAUUCACCCAUUGAAAAAUUAAACUUCAAAAUUGAUCCUAUUAAAGUGAGAAAUUACUUGAACGAAUGGGGAAGCAAACUCACUGACGGUUUAAUAAAGGAGCUAUUCCCAGAUGGGAGCAUUAAUAUAGAUACUCGUUUUGUACUUGGCAAUGCAAUAUAUUUCAAUGAUUUAUGGCAAUCCAGAUUUUUUAUGAAAAUUGUUGUUAAGGAAGAGCUAUUUUAUAAUACAUUGACGGAUAAAGUUACUGUAAAAAUGUUGACAAGUGUCCAUGAUUUGAAUUUCUAUAAAGAUCCUAUACUUAAAUUUUCAAUGCUAGAAAUACCGUAUUUGAACGAUGAUUUUAAAGUACAAAUAUUUUUACCGGAUUUAAAAGAUGGUCUUGCAGAAUUAGAGUCCAAUUUACCUAAAAUUGUCGAUCUUCAAGAUAAGCUUACUGUUCAUAAUGUCGAAUUAACAUUACCGAAAUUUAAAAUAGAACAUUCUCUGGAGUUAAAAUCUAUACUAUUAAAAAUGGGUUGUACCAGUAUGUUUACAAAAUUAGCUGAUUUUUCACGAAUGGUAAAAUCAUCUUCAACUGAUGUACAUGUAACAAGUAUUUUGCAUAAAACAUGUGUUGAUUUUAAUGAAAACGGCACCACUGCUGUUGCAUUAUCUGAUGUAGUUUUUAAUGUUAGUACAUUGAGUACUGCUAUUAACGAAUUUUCAUUUUCGUUAUAUGGAGAAUUGAGUAAAAACAACGAGAAUAUAUUUUAUUCACCACUUAGUAUACAAUUAAUUUUGUUUCUUGCCAUAAUCGGUGCAAAAGAUUACACAUACGAUCAACUUUUAAAUAUAAGUCGUUUGCCUACGGAUCAGUCAAAUGUGUUAUCUAUGUACAAGGAGUAUUUAUAUAAAUACAAAGAUAUUGCAGACUUAAAAAUGACUACAGGAGUAUUUAUUGAAAAAUCUGCUCAAGUUAAUCAGAGUUAUGUUACUACUGUUAAAGAGUUUUUGAACUCAACUGUUGAGGGUUUAGAUUUUUAUAAUAACUCGAAAAGAGAAAAAAAUUAUCUAAAUAAAUGGGUUAGCAAUUAUACUGAUGGGAAAAUCAAUAAUACCUUCCAGGAUGGAAUAAUAAAUGAAGACACCCGUUUAGUGUUAGCUAACGCUAUACAUUUUCAAAGUGUGUGGGAAACACAAUUUCCAUAUACUGUAAAUGGUCAGUUUUUUAUAAAUUCUACAGAUAAAAUUUUAAUAUCAAUGAUGUGGGACAACAAAAAACUUUAUCAUUAUAAAAGCGAUGCUUUUAAAUACUCAGCGGUUUUGAUACCAUAUAAGGAAACAAAAUUCAAUAUGCUCAUAUUAUUACCAGAAUCCGUAGACGGACUCGCUGAUUUAGAAUCUAACUUAUUUAAAAUACAGUUAUCUGAAUUGCUGAAGAAAAAAAUGUCCCGUCGUAUGGUGAAGCUUGGUUUACCUAAAUUUCAUAUUGAUAAUUUAUUAGAUAUGAAACCUAUUUUAUCUGAAAUGGGAUGCAAUGUAAUGUUCACAUCAUAUGCUAAUUUUUCUGGAAUGGCAUCAUUAGAUUCUGGAACAUUAUUCGUUAGUAGUUUUCUUCAUAAGACAUGCUUGGAUGUAAAUAACGAAGGGACCGAAGCAGUUGGAGUCACAAAAGCUGUCGUAAGCCUUGAAAGGUCAGCUUCACCACACGAAUUUAGAAUUCCCAAAGUUAGUUUUGUGGCAGAUCAUCCAUUUGUGUUUGCAAUAAUGUAUCAAACGGAUGUUGUAUUCCUAGGCCGGUUGAAUAACGUACCAAAAACAACAGAAUUGACGUCGGAAUAGAACUUUUUCUAUUUUUUGAUAUUUAAGUCAAUGCAUGUUUCUUGAAAUGACUAAUUUUAAUUACAUUUAUGAUAUUUUAUUAAUAUGUUUAAUUGACAAUUGUAACGAUAUUUUAAUCUUUUU